CCACGUAUUUAUAGCAGCAGUUAGGAGUCGCUUGCUCUGCUCGUUGCAAGUCUGAAGUAGCGCUGGUGAUAGCGUCCGUAUAAUUCUUUGUGUCAAGCGCAUUUGGGUUUCAGAACAACGCAGUCUACAACAAAGGGACAAGACGCGAGCUGAAAGGUUCGCCGCAAUGGCAGCACGCCGAAGGCCUUACCGGCAAAUUAUCGACGGCGUACCCCGUAGCCCCUGGGUUGACCCGGACGCGUUUCGGCGCGGCCUGUCGUUCCGGGCCUCCAAAGGGGACUUCGUGCAGAGCUCGUAUCCCAAGAGUGGCACACACUGGGUGCAGUACAUCACUCAGCUGAUCCUCAAGGGCGGCGAGCCGAUCGACACCUACGCCGAAUUCACCAGCAACACCCGCCUCAUCGAGUACAUGGUGGACGACAACUGGACGCCAACCUUGUCCGUGCGAACUCUGCUGACUCAUCAGCCGCUUUGUCGGGAGACGAUGAACGAUGACGCCAAGUACGUCUACGUGGCCCGGAACCCCUGGGACGUGUGCGUGUCUAUUUUCCACACCAUGACCAACAUGAGCAUAUACCAAUUCCAGGACGGCACGUUCGAAGACAUCAUCGACCCUUUUCUGGAAGGAGACCUGGGCUACGGCAGCUACUUCGACCACGUCGCCUCGGGUUACGCCCUCAGGGACGAGCCCAACGUGUUCUUCCUGACUUACGAGGAUCUCAAGCGGGACACGCCGGGAUCCAUUUUGAGACUCGCUCGCUUUCUGGGCGAAAGCUACGGCAAGGCGUUAGAACAGCAACAGGGACUGCUGCAGAAGGUCCUUGAGCGCUCGCAGCCUGAGAACAUGAGGAAAGUCAUCGUGUUCGAUCUGCAAGGAAACGAGAAAGCUGGCUGGCGCGAAAUGUUCGCCAGGAACGAUGUGUCUUGCAAGCGCGGAUACGGUGGAGACAAGACAAAAUAUGGCCUCGUGAGGCAGGCCAAAGUUGGAGGCUGGAAGGAGCACUUCACACCAGACCAGCUGGCGCGUUUCGAGAGGACAAUACGAGACCUGGGGGCCAAAGCGUCUUUCAUGCAGCUGUGGUCGGAUAUUCGCGAAGAAGCUCGGGCGCUGUCCGGCAUUUGAGUGUCAUUAGAGCAUUGUUUUCUGGCGAUAUGACGGGCACGCAGAAGAAAUAAAUAUACUUUAUACUUA